GAACAAACUGGAAGGAAAAAUCACAGGAUUGUUCACCCGCCUGCUUAUAUUUUUAUUGGGAUUGGUUUAUUUUGUUUGUGAAUUAAAGUUGUGAUUAGAAGAGGGCAGGCGGCUGCUGACGGCGGCCCUCCCGCCCGGUCUCCCCCUCGGACCCGGCGGCCCUCCCGCCCGGUCUCCCCCUCGGACCCGGCGGCCCUCCCGCCCGGUCUCUCCCCUCGGACCCGGCGGCCCUCCCGCCCGGUCUCCCCCUCGGACCCGGCGGCCCUCCCGCCCGGUCUCCCCCUCGGACCCGGCGGCCCUCCCGCCCGGUCUCCCCCUCGGACCCGGCGGCCCUCCAGCCCGGUCUCUUCCUCCCCCACCCGGCGGUGUAUUUGGGGAGCUGGGGUUCCUGGCGUUUGUCCCGGGUCGGUGAGGCUCCGGUAGACAUGGCUGAUAGAGGAUUAAUGAUAAAUAUUACCACCGACACCUCCAUCAGAGGGAAUCCGAAGAACUAUCAGCGCAAGGCUUUCAGAAAUCCAGAAAGUGAGGCACAGCCUAAUAGAGGAAAACGUCGAUUACAGCAAAACUCCAGAAGUGGCUCUUCUAUAAAACCAGCAAAGCAGUCAACUUCUACAGUGAGCAAAGUACACAGAGAUGCUGAGAAGCAACCUCAAUAUGAGCAAGUGCCCAGCUUGGCUCCAAAGAAAAGAAAAAUUGUGGAAGAGCCGGGGGACAAAGGAGAGCAAAAGAUGACGGAUCCUGUCAAAACCUCCUCUUUGUUUAGAAACAACCCCAAGAUCCCAGAGAUUCAUAAGCAAGCAGUGAAAACAUUGAAAGAAUCGAUUUUUACAACAAACCAUUUCAACGAGCUUGUUGAGCUCCACCCACAUCUGGUCUCCACACUCAGUAACGUCCUGAAGCUUUCUAACAUGACCAGCAUUCAGAAGCAAGCGAUUCCAGUACUACUAAAUGGGAAAGAUGCUCUGAUACAGUCGCAAACUGGCUCAGGCAAAACAUUAGCAUAUGGUGUUCCUCUGGUCCAGUCCUUGCAGUCUGUUCAGCCUAAAAUACAGCGCACUGAUGGACCAUAUGCAAUUGUCAUUGUCCCGACCAGAGAGCUGGCCCUGCAAAGCUUUGAUACUGUGCAGAAACUGAUCAAGCCAUUUAUGUGGAUUGUACCAGGAGUGCUGAUGGGAGGAGAAAAGCGCAAAUCUGAGAAAGCCAGGUUACGUAAAGGUAUAAAUAUUCUUGUAUCGACUCCAGGGCGAUUGGUGGACCAUAUAAAAAAUACAAAGAAUAUUUGUUUUGCCCGUGUACAAUGGCUAGUUAUUGAUGAAGCUGACAGAUUGCUGGACCUGGGUUUUGAGAAGGAUAUCACUGUGAUUCUGAAUGCUCUAAAUGCAGCAAAUGUGAAGAGGCAAAACGUUCUUCUCUCUGCCACCCUAACAGAUGGAGUGAAUCGAUUAGCUGGAAUCAGUUUAAAAGAGCCAGUUAAUAUUAACGUCACUGAAACUGACCAGUCCAAGCCUGCAUUUGCAAUAAAGAAACUGAGCACCGAGCAAGGGAAUAUCAACAAAGAUUCCAAUAGAUAUUCAAUUCCCGAAAAGCUUCAACAGUUUAUGGUGCUGGUUCCCAGCAAACUGCGACUGGUCACGCUUUCAGCAUUCAUUCUCCAAGAAUUCAAAAUUGAAGAGAAACAGAAAAUGAUCAUAUUUUUCUCCAGUUGCGAGUCUGUGGAAUUUCACUACAACCUUUUCACAAACGCCCUUACUUCAUAUUCUGACAGCAAGGAGCAAAAACAAUUACCUUUCUCAGCUUGUAAGAUGCUGUUUCUGCGAUUGCAUGGGAACAUGGAACAGGAGGCAAGGAAGCAAACUUUUCUGGAGUUUACACAAUCAAAUAUGGGUGUCCUUCUUUGCACUGACGUAGCAGCACGUGGGCUGGACCUGCCAGAAGUCACGUGGAUUGUUCAGUAUAAUGCUCCAACCUCACCUGCUGAAUAUGUUCACCGAGUGGGUCGGACGGCCCGGAUUGGAUCCUGUGGAAACAGUCUUCUUUUUCUCACUCCCUCUGAAGCAGAAUAUGUGAAUACCCUUGUAUCUCACCAAAUCAGUGUCUCUGAAAUAAAAAUGGAGAAUAUACUUUCUACACUGUUGAUGCAGCGCGUGCAAAGAAAAAUAUCUGGAAAUAAGUUGGAUGGUGCUUUUCUGCAAGAAGUAAGGGAAUCAGCAACAGCCUUGCAAAAAGUGUAUGAGACCUUCGUGCAUUCAACCAAAGAAAACCUUCUGCAAGCCAAGAAAGCUUUGCAAUCAUUCAUUCGAGCAUAUACCACAUAUCCAGCAAAUCUAAAGCAGAUAUUUCACGUGAAGUCCCUUCACCUUGGACACGCUGCCAAAAGCUUUGGACUCAGAGAUGCACCACAGAAGCUGAGUGGCACAAUAAUGGCCAAUGAGCAGAAGAAGAAUCUUAAACGAAGAAUGAAGAGGUCUGGCUUGGGCAGGAAUCUUUCCGCUAAGGCCCAAGUAGCUUUGAAAUUACAAUCUGAAUAUUCAAGUGGACUUGGAGAAAAAUUUUAUAAGGUAAAGAAGAAGCAAAAACCUUUUAAAAAGUCGCAGACCCCAGUCAGAAAACACCUGAAGUGAACCACAAACACAUGCAGACACUCUGUCAAAGGCUAUGCUAUUAAUCCCGGUCAAGUGCCCUCAUUAUGAAGUUAGCAGCACUGAGCAGGAUGCAGCAAGUUACAGAACUGCCCUGAUGGACAGGGCAAACCAACUGAUGAUGUCUGCUGGAAUUGUGUUUUUAUGACAUUAAAUGAAUUGUUUGUAACUUAUAUUUGCAUAAAAGAAAAUAAAAUAGUUACAGAUUUGAA